AUGACUGAAGUUUUUCUCACGGACGCCAUAAUCACGGGAUGUUCGUCUACAGAACUGCGCCGGCGUAUUCUUCAACAGGAUCGUCCACUCGGUGAGAUCGAGGCCCUUGGGAUCACGCUUGAAGGCAUAGAGCAUCAAGUGAAGGACUUCAGUCACAAGGCUAGUGAUCAGUCUACGGAUAAUCGAAUUCUGAAAAUUAGCAGUAAGCCGCUGGGAAAACCCGAUGAUCGUUCUGCAUAUAUGCCACCCAAAUCGUUUACAAAAAAGCCCUACAAGUCACAAAACGCUGAUUUCAGUUGCUACAAUUGUGGACGACGCAACCAUAUCGCUUCUGCCGAAGUUUGUCCAGCCAAAGGAAAAAUUUGUCAUUUGUGCAAGCGUGUAGGCCAUUUUCAAUCACGGUGUCGGUUUCGCAAACUUCAGGAUAAGUCAACUAUCCAUUCGAAGAAGAUACGUCUCGUUGAGGAAGAGAAGAAUGAUACGCAAAUACUUGAGGACAAUGGAAAGACCUAUUAUGCUUUUCAUACGGGAAAUGACUCCAAUAUUGUCAAAUGCGAAAUCGGUGGAGUAGCACUGGACGUGCUUAUUGAUUCAGGCUCUGAUGUAAAUUUGGUAACAGAUGCAGCAUGGCAACAUUUGAAACAGAAAAAUGUAAAAAUACAUCAAUCCGCCAAGGGAAGCUCAAGAAUAUUGAGAGGAUAUGCAAGUAACAUUCCAUUGACAAUACUCCGGACUUUUAUCACGGAUGUACAGAUUAGUGGCAAAUCGAUUCGAGCGGAGUUUUACGUUAUAAAAGGGGGUCAAAGAUGUUUGCUGGGAGACCAAACAUCCAAGAGCUUAGGAAUACUAAAAGUUGGACUGGACAUUCAUCUAAUUGGAACUGAUACAAAACCUUUCUCUAAAAUCAAGGAUGUGCAAGUUCAUAUCCAGAUGGAUUCAGGAGUAAAGCCAAUUUUUCAGCCACUCAGGAGAGUACCAAUGCCAUUGGAAGACGCCGUCAACAAAAAGUUGGAGCUGAUGCUAUCCAGAGAUAUCAUUGAGAGAAAAGAAGGACCUGCGACGUGGGUUUCGCCUCUAGUGGUAGUAGGAAAGUCAGAUGGUGACCCCAGAAUCUGUCUCGAUUUACACCGUGUAAAUGAAGCUGUUCUUCGAGAGCGCCAUCCAAUGCCAAUCGUGGAUGACUAUUUGGCAAGAUUGGGCGAAGGGAAGUAUUGGACCAAACUUGAUAUAAAAGAGGCUUUCCUGCAGAUUGAAUUGGCGCCCGAAUCAAGGGAUGUGACAACAUUUAUCACUAACAAAGGAUUGUUCCGCUUUAAGAGGCUUCCAUUUGGACUUGUAACGGCUCCAGAAUUAUUUCAGAAAGUUAUGGACCAGGUGCUAGCGGGAUGUUCCGGUACAAUGUGGUAUUUGGAUGAUGUAAUCAUCGAAGGGAAUGACCUGCAACAACAUGAUGCACGAUUAAAUGAGGUAGUUUAA